UCACGCUGGCCCGCCAGCCCGUCCGUCCGUCCGUCCGUCCCGGCUUCCUGUUUUGCUCGGCGCGCCGUGAACGCCCUCCGGCUUGGCAGCUCCUCCGGGACCGGGCCCCCGGGAGGCUGCUGGGGGGGCGCUGGCCCCCAGGGCCCCCGGACACCGAGACCUCCUCCCUGCCGGGCCGGGGCAGGGUCUGGCCGUGCAGAGGUGGUGGUGCGGCCAUGGGGGCUGCCUGCGCCCCCCGGCCCACAGCUCGUCGCUCCGUGUCCCCUCUGGCUCCCUCCGGCCCUGCCGCGGGCACCCUGUCCCUCCACGCCGGCUGCCAUGGGGACCUCUCGCCCACCCCCUUUGCCAGGGUCCCGCUCCGGGGGAUCUCCCCACCCCGCUCGGCGGCCCGAGGUGGUGUGUUGGGGACAGCGAUGGCAGCCACGGGCUGUGGGAAGGGCUGUGAAGGGACCUGGUGACCCACAGGCAGCUGCAGUUGCCCAAGGGCCGGAGGAGCGAGCGGCCAAGGCCUACAACAUCCACGUGAACGGGGUGCUGCACUGCCGUGUGCGCUACAGCCAGCUCCUGGGGCUGCACGAGCAGUUAAGGAAAGAGUAUGGCGCUAACGUGGUCCCAGCCUUUCCCCCAAAGAAGAUCUUCACGCUCACCCCAGCAGAGGUAGAGCAACGACGGGAGCAGCUGGAGAAAUACAUGCAGGCUGUGCGGCAGGACCCGACGCUGGGAGGCAGCGAGACCUUCAACAGCUUCCUGCGCAAGGCCCAGCAGGAAACACAGCAGAUACCCACGGAGGAGGUGGUGCUGGAAGUGCUGCUCUCCAACGGCCAGAAGGUCAAGGUCACCAUCCUCACCUCGGACCAGACAGAGGAUGUCCUUGAGGCUGUGGCCUCCAAGCUGGAUCUGCCGGAUGACCUGGUCGGCUACUUCAGCCUCUUCCUGGUGAGGGAGACCAAGGACGGAGCUUUCUCCUUCGUGCGGAAGCUGCAGGAGUUCGAGCUGCCGUACGUGUCCGUCACCAGCCUGCACAACCCCGAGUUCAGGAUCAUCCUGCGCAAGAGCUACUGGGACUCCUCCUACGAUGACGAUGUCAUGGAGCAUCGCGUGGGGCUGAACUUGCUGUACGCGCAGACGGUGUCAGACAUCGAGCAUGGAUGGAUCCUUGUCAACAAGGAACAGCACCGGCAGCUGAAGUCCCUGCAGGAAAAAGUCUCCAAGAAGGAGUUCAUCCGCCUGGCGCAGACCCUCAAGUACUACGGCUAUCUCAAGUUUGACCCCUGCGUCACCGACUUCCCGGAGAAGGGGUGUCACGUCGUCGUCAGCGCCGGCAACAACGAGCUCAACUUCCAGGUGCGGCUGCCGAACGAGCAGAUCAAGGAAGGCAGCUUCAAGGUCACGCGGAUGCGGUGCUGGCGGGUCACAUCCUCAGUGCCAAUGAGCAACGGUCCCUCGGGGAGCAGCCCGGGCAAGUCGGAGGUGAAGCUGGAGUUGGCUUUCGAGUAUCUAAUGAGCAAGGACCGGCUGCAGUGGGUCACCAUCACCAGUCCGCAGGCCAUCAUGCUGAGCAUCUGCCUGCAGUCCAUGGUGGAUGAGCUGAUGGUGAAAAAGUCUGGAGGCAGCAUCCGCAAGAUGUUUCGCCGGCGGGUGAACGGGGCCCUGCGGCGCUCGGACAGCCAGCAAGCUGUGAAAUCGCCCCCGCUGCUGGACUCACCUGACGCCUCCCGGGAGCCGAUGGCCAAACUCUCGAGCAAGCUCACCUCCGUCAGCCUGCGAGGGAUCAGCCACUCCAGCUCUGCUAACGAUGUGGGCGCUAACGACUUCCACGGCAAUUACGCCUUCGAGGGCAUUGGUGAUGAAGAUCUGUAGUGGCCCCCCCCUUCCUAGGACAGCACCCGCCCCAGGGCCUUCGCUGAGGAAUGUACGACCUGCAGACAGGUUGCAAUCAACGUGCCUCUCACCCGCUACAUCCACCUUCCCCGCUCCCCCGGGCUGGGGGGGCUCACCCCCAGCCCCUCCGUUGCCUUUCGGGGUGGGGGCAGCUGAACCCCUCCCGCUGCUGGCUCCAGCUGGGAGAGGGCUCGGCCCGACCCGAGCAGCGUGCCCGGGAGCAGCCCCGGAGCAGCGUGGCGGAGCCUGGCCCAGCGCGGGGGGGCAGAGCUGCCCCCUCCCCGGCCGGGAGGGACAGGGUCCGGCACCCAGGAGGGCGGCUGUGGCAGUGGCUCGGCGGCGGCAGCCUGGUGGCACCGAGCGGCCCUCAUGAGGCUCCAUAAUGCCAAAUUAGCGUUUAGGUUCCUGCUCUGAGACAGACUGCAGUAAACUGUCUGCCGGGGGGCUCUGCGCAGAGCCCCCCCCCCUCUAACCCGCUCAUAGACUCCAGCAUAAUCUAGGCUUGUAACCACCUCUCUCCUGCUGCUCCGACCGACCAGAGCAUUAAUGGACAGUAACCGAUGUUUACACACUGCAAUGAUGAUUAAAAUGGAUCCUGAUUGGUA